AUGGAUAUUAGGGAUUUUUUCGGAAAAUCAAAGGUGAAUAAAACCCAACAACCUAAGAAAGUUGUCAAACCAAAGAAAACCCUAGAAGUUAUCGAGCUGGAUGAUGAGGAUGACCUGGAUGAUUCUUCAUUGAUGGAAUUAGCUUCUCCACCAAAUAAAAUACAUACUAGGGCUACCAGGAAUACUACACCUAAGCCAAAACCAGAAACGAAAAAAGAAUUAUUUACUAAAGAUGAGGACGAAGAUUAUGAAUUGUUAAAUGAAUCACCAAGUAAGAAAAGACGUAUGGAUGCUAGUCCUGUGAAAGAUCCUCCUAAAAAGAAUUUAACGGUUAAAACGACUCCAAAAAAAGAACCUGUUAUGUCCCCAGUAAAAAAGAUUAUUGUUACUAAAGCUGCAACCACAGGUAAAAGUGUUACAGCUCAAGAAGUUCUUGCAACUAUACCAUCUGUUGAUUUGCAUAAUGUCACAGUGAAAGAAAAUAUUACAUUUGGCGGUGCAAAAGGAGAUAAUUCUGCCAGUGAACCACAAGAGCCAUCUGAUUUCCCUGAGGGUGCUCCCGAUUGUUUACUAGGUUUGACUAUUGUUUUCACUGGUGUCCUGCCUAAUUUAGAUAGAGCAACUUCAGAGAACAUUGCAACAAGGUAUGGUGCCCGUGUCACGAAAUCUAUUUCAGGUAAGACGUCCUUGGUUGUUCUGGGUGACGAAGCUGGUCCAAAGAAACUAGAUAAGAUUAAGCAAUUAAAAGUUAAAGUAAUAGAUGAGGAUGGUUUCCGUCAAUUGAUCAGUGCAAUGCCUGCAGAUGGUGGGGAUGGUAUUGCUGCAGAAAAGGCACGUCAAAAGAAAGAAGAACAAGAAACACUUGCUGAAGAACAGGCGCGUGAAAUGGUUAAACAGGAGAAGUUAAAGGAAUCUAAGAUUAAAGCAAUGAGAAAGGCUGGCGAAACAGUUUCAAAGGAUGAAGAGGUCAGAGAACAAGAUAAAUUGUGGACUACAAAGUAUGCUCCAACCAACUUACAGCAGAUAUGUGGUAACAAGUCUGCAGUAAGCAAAUUGACAAAUUGGUUGACGAAUUGGGAAACGAAUAAAUCCUUAUCUUUUAAGAAGCCUGGUAGAGAUGGUAGUGGUGUCUUCCGAACAGCAAUGCUUUAUGGUCCACCAGGUAUUGGUAAGACAACGACUGCACACUUAGUUGCUAAACAAUUAGGUUAUGAUAUCCUGGAACAGAAUGCAUCAGAUGUCAGGUCUAAAUCUUUACUAAAUGUAGGUGUAAAAAAUGCUUUAGAUAAUAUGUCUAUUAUUGGUUAUUUCAAGACUAAAGAUGAUGAUUCAGAUAAAAAUGGGAAGAAGUUUGUUAUUAUUAUGGAUGAAGUAGAUGGUAUGUCAGGUGGUGAUAGGGGUGGUGUGGGCCAAUUGGCAGCUUUUUGUAGAAAGACCCAAACGCCAAUGAUAUUGAUUUGUAAUGAAAGAAACCUACCGAAAAUGAGACCCUUUGAUAGAACAUGUUUGGAUAUUCAAUUUAGAAGACCUGAUGCCAACAGUAUAAAGGCCAGAUUAAUGACCAUCGCGAUUAGGGAAGGUUUCAAAUUGGACCCAACAGUUAUUGAUAAAUUGGUUCAGGCAACUAGAGGGGAUGUCAGACAAAUUAUUAAUUUAUUAUCGACCAUCUCAAAGACUACAAAAAACAUUAACCAUGAGAAUAUAACACAGAUUUCCAAGGCUUGGGAGAAAAAUAUUGCAUUGAAGCCAUUCGAUAUUGCGCAUAAGAUGUUGGAUGGUUUUAUUUAUACAGAUGCCGGAUCAAGUACAUUUACCUUGAAUGAUAAGAUUGCAUUAUAUUUUGAUGAUUUUGAUUUUGCUCCGCUAAUGAUUCAAGAAAAUUAUAUUAACUGUAAACCUUCUAAUUUACCCCAUGGUAAGACACCACUUCAGGCUGUAGCGGAAGCUGCCGAUAUAAUUUCAUUGGGUGAUCAAGUUGAAAGAAAGAUUCGUAGUUCGGAGCAAUUGUGGAGUUUAUUACCAUUGCAUGCCGUUUUAUCUUCUGUCUAUCCUGCUUCUAAGGUUGCGGGUCAUAUGACUGGGAGAAUUAAUUUCAGUAGUUGGUUAGGUCAAAAUUCUAAGACAAACAAAUACUUAAGAUUGUUACAGGAAUUACAAUAUCAUACUAGAUUGAGUACUUCCACUGAUAAAAUAAGUCUUAGAUUGCAAUACUUGCCUACUUUAAAGAAUGAACUAUUGACACCAUUGUUGAGAAAUGGUGCAGAAGGUAUCCCUAAGGUUAUUAGUACAAUGGAUGACUAUUAUCUGACAAAAGAGGAUUGGGAUACAAUAAUGGAUUUCAUGAUUGGUCCUGAAAAGACAGAUGUCCUAUUGAAAAAAAUCCCGACUGCAGUAAAGAGUGCGUUCACAAGAAAAUACAAUAGUACAACACAUCCUGUUGCAAUAUAUAAGACUGGUAGUACAGUGGCUGUUGGUGGUGGAAAAUCUUCAUCAACUCCUGAUUUUGAAGAUAUUGUUGAUGCUGACAAUGCAGUUGCGCCAGCUGACGAUUCUAGUGCAGCUAAUGAAGAUAAUGAUUUGAAGAAAGAUAAAUUAAUCAAACAGAAGGUAAGACCCACUAAGAGAAAGGCUGCUGCUUCUGGUGCCAAAGGUUCGACAACAAAGAAGAGGAAAGCAAAGGCUUAA